CAACAACUCUCUGCUAGCGAAUGAAAAACAAAAUAAAAGGCCGAAAGUACAGGCAAAACAAAGUGAAAAAGAACCCGGAAAAAUAUCAAUUGCAUCGGUCGCUUCUCACCUUGAGUAGAAGAAAGAAGACGUCGCCGCGUAGAAAGAUCCAAGUCUAAAGCUUUGUUGUUUCGGUCCAUGUGUACGCCAGUUUGGCGUGAGCGAGCACGCGCGCGGUUCUGCGCUUUGCUAUAGGAACACAAAACAGCGAGGGCAAUUACGUGUUUUGCUGAUGUCGUCCUGUGAUUAUGUACAUAUCGUCAUCAUCACCAUCAUCAUCAAGGCUGAACUGCUUGUUACCUUUGUGUGUGUGUGUGGAGAGAACGUUGCUGGACCCACCUAAACUCACACUGUUAUCGUUGUUAUCUGCUUUGACGUCAGCUGGUUUACUAUAAGGCAUUGUAGAGUUUGCACAUCAAACGUACGGUUUUACACAAACCUUAAAUCAGAAAGUGAACCAGACGGUAAAGCGACCGAAAAAAAGGUUUACCUGUUUUCAUUACAAAACUUAUGCAAAAGAUCGCUACUGAAAUUACAUCGUAUAAAGUUAAGCAGUGAUAGCCUACAAACCUCAUUUCAGAAAUUUCACGGUGCUUUCUCCUAUUUAUCUUCCUACACGAAGGUACUCGACACAGUACAAUGUAUUGCUCUACGAACACUUUAGUCUAAAAGACUCAUGGAUCAUCUCAACUAUUGGAAAAAUUUCAUCUUUAGUCAUUAAAAUCCUCAAACUAUACUAAUUAUAUUAAACCCGGAUAAAAAUGAUUCGGAGCUACAAAGAGAAAUCGUAUAUAUCGAAAGUAUAUCUUACACGUUUUUCUUCAAUAAAAGAACUAAGAAAACUAAAUUGAUAAAGUAUAGUGUACUUCACGAAUACGUCCCCAAUUAAGUAAUAGACACUAUGUACUCUAUAUUUCCGUCUGUAAAACAUAUUGUUUCAAAAAGUUUCGAAAUCUAAUUAGCCCCGCGAUCUUUAUACAGAACAAAGACACUUUGUAAGACAAAGACUGUAAUUUACAUUGGGCUCAGGAUUACAGUAGUUUACACUGGCUCGUGGAAUUAUUGAAUCUAUUUGACCCUUAUGCUAAUACUAACUUACGAUUGUUUAACUAAUACUCAUUAUCUUCAAAAAUUGCAAUUUUUGUACACUUCAGUCAGUGACGUCGCAGAAAAGGGAACUGUAAGCGGUUCCGAUAAGGCACAUUUUUGAUGAAGAAAAAAUGGCGCAUUUUCGACAUUCAACUUGCAUGAUCCUUUACCCGGGCCAAAGAGCUACCGAAGUCGCUUAGGAUAUUUACGCUGGUACAUCAAAGACUCAUUAAGUUGAACGUACUGUGCUAAGUUCAAAAAUGGCGUCUUGAACUUAAAAGACGUGCACUAAUAAGACCAGAAGGUUGAUGAGAACCUCGACUGGUAAACAACACUUCAAUUAUCUGUUAGUUACCCAUAAGCCAGUUUCGAUCAAUGAAGUUAAUGAAACUUUGUAAGUCUGAAAGCCGUAUAGUUGGAAUGAAAAGCGUAAGGAAACAUGGUUUUUCAUUGCCUCUCGACAUCUCACGGGCAUCGAGCGAUACGCUGCUACAAUGGCAAACAACGGAUUUGCAGCUGUUCCAACUUCGUAUAUGUGACUGCAACCCUUCCAAAAAUGGAUGCGUUCAGAUGGCGGGAAACGAUUCGAGAAAUAAUCUUUGUCGUGUCAUACCUGUCAGCAGUAUCUCUGUCUUCUACCGUAGCGUUUCCAGUGAUCGACGAGCCGAUUUUCGACGUGCUCGGGCAUAAAAAGCCUGAUGUCCUGUUCCAAGGCGGACUCACCUCGCAGUUCUACAACCAACAGUUGCCAGGAAUUUCACUUCCCUUAACGACUGGACAUACAGACGCUGCACUUUUCCGCGAACAGUUAGACUUAGCCUUCAACGAAAUACCUCGUGUUUCCAACUUGGAAAAUAAGUUCGGCAUAACGCUUCCCGGUAUCAGUAAAGACAAUGCCACAACUAAGAAGAUAAUAGCAAAUCGAGAAACCUGGCAAAAAAAAGGGAACGUUGAUUGGAAUCAAUUGCUCGGCCACCUCAGGGGCCCUAGGAGGCAAAUACCCUCCAUACACAGGGAUAGCAGCAGCUACACAGGAGGUCUGAGAGCAGGCGCCUUAGCGAAGAUUCAACCUCCUGCCAUCAAUGACGACGAAGGGGCAUUACUGAGUGCUCAUGCAAUUAUAACGAUUAACAGUAACGACUGAGUGUACACCAUAGGUGUAGCGAGACUCUUUAUCAGAAGGAAAAAAAUAUACGUAUACACGUACUAUUAGUAAGUUAUUUAGCAUAAUUGUCAUGGCGAUAUUUCGGAAUAAACUAUGAGUCCACCGCU